UUCCCAACAUGGCGGAGACCCGGAUUGUGUGAGGGCGGACCCCGGAGGCGCGGAGGCCAAUAGCUUAUCGCGAGAGGCCAGGGGGCGGGGAAGACGGCAGCCGCAGGCCCAACCGGAGGCUCCGGAGGUGGUUGGGGAGUGAAUUUUCUGGAAGGCGGCUUUAGAGGUGCCGGGUCCGAGCGAAGGGCGUUUUGGUGCCGCCACCGCCCGGGCCGGGGAGGGGGCGCACUGGUGGCAGGAAGCGCGCUGCGCCGAGGUCGUCGCGGAACUAGCUGGUGACCCCCGCAGGAUGAACCACAAGAGCAAGAAGCGGAUCCGCGAGGCUAAGCGGAGUGCGCGGCCAGAGCUGAAGGACUCGCUGGACUGGACCCGGCACAACUACUACGAGAACUUCUCGCUGAACCCGGCGGCCGUGGCGGAUAACGUGGAAAGGGCAGACGCCUUACAGUUGUCGGUGGAGGAAUUUGUGGAGAGAUACGAAAGACCUUAUAAGCCCGUGGUUCUGCUCAAUGCCCAAGAAGGCUGGUCUGCGCAGGAGAAAUGGACUCUGGAGCGCCUCAAAAGGAAAUACCGGAACCAGAAAUUCAAGUGUGGCGAGGAUAAUGACGGCUACUCGGUGAAAAUGAAGAUGAAAUACUACAUCGAGUACAUGGAGAGCACGCGGGAUGACAGCCCCCUUUACAUCUUUGACAGCAGCUACGGUGAACACCCCAAAAGAAGGAAACUUUUGGAAGACUACAAGGUGCCCAAGUUUUUCACUGAUGACCUUUUCCAGUAUGCGGGCGAGAAGCGCAGGCCCCCUUACAGGUGGUUUGUGAUGGGGCCACCACGCUCUGGAACUGGAAUUCACAUCGACCCUCUGGGAACCAGCGCCUGGAAUGCCUUAGUUCAGGGCCACAAACGCUGGUGCUUGUUCCCUACCAGCACGCCCAGGGAGCUCAUCAAGGUGACCCGUGAAGAAGGAGGGAACCAGCAAGAUGAAGCUAUUACCUGGUUUAAUAUCAUUCAUCCCCGGACGCAGCUUCCAACCUGGCCACCCGAAUUCAAACCCCUGGAAAUCUUACAAAAACCAGGAGAGACUGUCUUUGUUCCAGGAGGCUGGUGGCACGUUGUCCUCAAUCUCGACACCACCAUUGCCAUCACCCAGAAUUUUGCCAGCAGCACCAACUUCCCUGUUGUGUGGCACAAGACGAUACAGCACGGGCCGCGGCAGUGCAAGCCACCCCCAGCCACCCCGUGCCACUGUGUCCCAACCCUGGCCCGGAGGGACCAGCUCUCGGGGAUCUUGAAGCAGGAGCAUCCUGAGUUGGCAGUCCUGGCCGACUCCGUUGACCUGCAGGAAUCCACGGGGAUCGCCUCCGACAGCUCCAGCGACUCCUCCAGCUCCUCCAGUUCCAGCUCGUCGGACUCGGACUCGGAGUGCGAGUCUGGCUCCGAGGGCGACGGGAUGACACACCGCAGGAAGAAGAGGCGCACGUGCAGCAUGGUGGGCAACGGGGACACCACCUCCCAGGACGACUGUGUCAGCAAAGAGCGCAGCUCCUCCAGGAUUAGGGACACUUGUGGCGGCCGCGCUCACCCCUGAGCAGAUAAAGAAACUCUCCCUGAGGCGGCUCCCGUGUGCACUGUUGGCGGCCACUCAACUCAGUUUUCCCGUCUUCUGCUCCUUCUCUGUCUUCUUUGAAUUUGGAUAAUCCUCUCUGGUCCGAGCUUCUGUCUUCAGUCGAAUGCUGUUUUCACUGCUUACUAAGAAUAGAUUGUCAAGAAGUUAAAAAUCUCAGCAAGCUCAGUGAAGCACCGAAGCCCUAGCGUGAUGUCGGGUAAGAAGGUUCUGUGCUUCUCCUUUAAAACCAAGCCGGUCGCCCACAAGGCUGGAGGGUUGUGGUUCUUUGAGUGUCUUGUUGCACCUGUUGCCUCACCGGUGUGGGGGAGGCUCCCGCCGUCCACGUAGCCAGCUGCGUGCGAGCAGAGACGCCGAGAGUGGGAAGUGGACCCUGCGUUCUGUGUGGAGCAAUCUCCGGUGAGAAGUCCGGUGAGCCGGCUGCCUUCCUGGGUGGCAUCAUCCGUCCAAAACCGUGAUCAGCGGAGGACCGCGGCCAGCACGGCCAGCACAGCCCACCACUGCCUCGGUCUUAGGAUUCCUUACCUGCUCCCCGCAGUCAGAGGCUGUCAGGGUCCGGGGUAAUUUUGUGUGGUUUGCUUUGGAGGAGGGAUGACAUGCUGGGGUGGUUCUGUUUAUGAACAGAGCAGGAAAGGUAUUCGGUGUGUUCUCAUGGAGCUUAAAUUAUAAACGGGGCCAAGUUCUGACAGGUUUGUCCCAGUCUGUCCCACCAUGUGGUCUGUAAGUGAGCAGCCCUCACCCUGUCAGAGAAUUCAUGAUUAGCGUCCCCAUUUCUCCAACCUGCAGGCAUGAGGGCGGGGUCAUGUUAUGUGCUGGGAGCAAGUGCAGAGAUGGCAUGUCUGGUCUUUGGGAUCCGUUUUGGCUUCUAAAUACCCCAGGGAAAGUAUGUAGGGAUUGACCAGCAGGCACCAUCUUUGGGCCUCUGGAUUCACCUGCUUGCCUUAAUCUGUCCCUACAUUUAAAUAAAAACAAGAGGGAGUGGUCAAAGACACACUGGGUUGGAACAUGGAGGGAGGGAGUGUGUGCAGAUGCCCUGGAAUUGUUUGAUGUUACCUCUCAAAAUCCUCCCUAAAAGUGGGUUUAAUCAGGAGAAUCCUGCCCUUCUCUUUGCCAAGUAUUCUGUUUUUGACAGACUGGUGAUCGCUUCCUGGCCCUGGGUUGGUAAGAGGGCUUUGCCCUAGAAGGCUGCUUCCCUAUUUUGUCUUCAUCCAGUUUUCUGCACUCCAAAAUGCCAGCCAGAAUGCAUUUCUGGAUUGGAGGAGAACUUGGGCUCCCUUCCUAGGGUCUCCCUAGCUGCCCACCCUCACCUCCGCGGGCUGCUCCCCUUUGCCCGCCAGCGGUGCCCUCUGGUCCCAGGGAGGGCCCCUUGUGGGCCUGAGUAAAUUCAAACCCUUAAGGAAUCAUCUCUUUGUAUUAAUACCUGAAUGAUGUUCCUCCUCCUCCUUUAAAAAAAGACUUUUCUUGACAUCUUCAAAAUGCUUUUUUCUUCUCCCUAGUAUUGGGGCUACCAGGCGAUCGCCUGUCUGUCAAGUUCAUAUCAACUGCUCCUCCAUAAAUGUAGUUUAAAGGCUAAAAACAAAACCAGACCCAAAGGCUGCUUGCCGCCAGGGGGCGUGGUGGGACCCGUUUGCAGUGACUGGUCUGGCAAAGUAGAGGUUGGAGUUGAGAGAUUAGCCACCCAGGUCUACUUCCCCACGUGCCAAAGAUGAGUCCUGUUUGCUAAACAAUACCCAGAAAUGAGGGGCCCGGCCCGUCUGACAGGCCCGCAGUCACCCCUCCCGAGGGUACCUGGGCGGCAUGGAUUGCGUUUGGCUCUCUCCACCCCAUGAGUGACCACAGGACAGUCUUUACUUGUGGCCAGGCCAGAGGUUCAGCAGCCCCCUUCUACGGUCACUGCAUGCCAGGCAAGCACACCACCGUGGAAGCAAAGCAGGGCCGAGGUAGGGAAACUGAGGAAGGAAUGGAGCGGUGGCUGGGCAGGAAGUAGGACAGGGGUCCAUCCAUCCUAAAGUUAACCCUCCUACCUUCCUGGCAUGAGCUACUCUGAGUGGUGUCAAGAACAAGGAGAAGGAUAUGACAUUCAACUAUCUUUAGAGAUUAUUCCCCAAGAGGACAGCUAAUCUUAAAGCCAACAAGCUGCGUCCUGGAGGAAGGGCUCUUGGUCCAGUAACUACCAAAGGGGAGGGCCAGGACAUCAGGAGGGUUCUGGGUCUUGGAGAACGAGGGAGGUACCAAAGGCUUUCCCACCAGCCUGAGACGGCCAGUGCCACACACAGGCGCCUCCUGGGGCUGCAGUACUGUGACUUUGAGGGGAAGGGCACCCAAAACAGAGACACUGUUCACAUUUUGCUCAUGCUUGCACUUGCCUACUUGUUAAUCAUUCAAGCGUUUGACAACUGUUUGAGUACCGGGCACUGUACUAGGUGCUCGAGAUGCAGCAGUGAUAAGCCCAGAUCGCUGACCUCAUGGAACUUAACGGAUGGUGAAUGUGGCGUCGUUCACAAGGGCCACUUGUCAGGGUAGGAACAUUGCAUGCGUGUCCAUUUCCAUGACCAGAAAAGCAAGUUCAGUCCUUGUUAAAUGCAGGUGUAUGAGCUCUUCAUAAAAGACCUCAUAAAAGCUAUAAUUAUGAUUAUAGCUGUAGUCUUAAACUCACUUGGUACAUGGCUCCUUUGUAAGUCAGCUAACAGUAUUUAAACUAAGGAUCAGCAAGAAAGUUGCUGGUGCAAGUGCUUUAGAAAUUUAUUAGCCUUGAUACGCUUUAGGACUUUAGGUAAGAGUAUAGGGUGGGACAGGGGUUCUGUAGUAAAUGUGAAAAGCACUGCUGCGAAGUAGGCGUAUAAGCCCGCAGCUGCAGGCUCCUUGAAUUCUACAUAGCAUUUCCACAAGUAAGCUGUUUGCCGCGUGUGCUGGGUACCAUUGAUGGUUCCACGUGGAGUCUGUUUUCUCCUCACACUCCCCCUCCCUGGCUUCUGUCAAGACGUUACACUGAUGUUACAUCAUAUGCAGCAAACUGAGGCAGCCCUGGCUGCGGUGGCUCUCAGCCUUGUCUCCUCGUGAGUUCAAAACUUUGAAACAUCUGGGGAGCAGGAAUCAAUGGGAGAAAGAAGGUGAAGCAGGGAACUGCUGUUCCUCACUGGAGAGCUUAUACAACUAUUUGGCUUUUUCAAACUAUAUACAUGUAUUAUUUUGUUAAAAAUAAAUUUUUAAAAUUCUUAAAAAAAAAAA